AUGGGACGGAAGCACAAGCGUCGCCUGAUACCGGAACAGGAUCGCAGGAUUUGCGGCAGUAUCUGCUUCUGUCAGUUCACCAUUGUUAUCAGCUGCGUGGCGUUAGUUUAUCUAAGCGUGGCAAUCUACAUGCCGUCCCACAGAGCCUUUCACGCGGGGAUCGAUCCGGAUCCAGUAAUGUGCCAAACCAUUGAUACCACCUCAGCUAAUAAUUGCGCUUGGGCAAGCUGCGGGGAGUGGUGCUUAACAAGAACCACAGGAUUCUGUCCUCAGAUCCACGCAACCGUAAGAAGAAACGGCACGGACGUUGUAUUCGAGAAUUGCACAAAAUUCAGCAGCAUUGCUUGCCCGCAGGUGAAUAUGGCUUCUCUGAAGAAAUACAAUUGCAACAACGGCAGCGAGUGCAGCAUGCUUUCGGGGGUGUUCAACUGCAGCCUUGGCCACUGUGCCAACAUAAGCGAGCUGAUGUUAUGUCAUCACAAGGCCGACGGUAUUGUCGUCGACAGCGAGAGGGACAACAUGAAGCUGAACGGCUUCUUCAGCUGUCAGAAUUCCAGAUGCACGAAAAUCAAGAGCCCCUUCAGCUGCGAUCGUUAUUGCCCGAAGAUCUCCACGUCAGAUGUAAACGUGUUCCUCAUGCAAGACGACAACGUCAUCACAGCGAAAUGCGAACGCGGCCUAGCCCUGAACAAAGCGAAUGGAAAUCUGCCUGGCACCAGACUGACCACGCCUGUGAAACUUUGGGACGAUCAAAAUGGGAGCAUCGUUGCCAGCUGUAUAGCGGUAAACAAAGAAAGAGACUUGAUAAAGACGCACGAUUGCGUAAACGGUACCUUGUUAAAGGAUAUCCCGGUGCCUGAACCGCACAUCAAUUUUACGACCUUUCUGAAUAUAUACGAGAAGAGCUUGCAGUAUCCGUUGGACCCAACAAACGCCUACGUGCCAGAACAACGAUCGCUCACGAUCUACAAUAGUUCUCGGCUGUUUAUCAACCUCGAAGGUUGCGUCAACACACUGAAGGGAGAAUGUAAAGAUUUCCUUGCCAGUCAUGGCCGCGACGGCGACAAUCAGACGGCGCAGAGUAGAUACCCCUGUUACUACAACAAGAAUGAUUCAUUCUUCGUCGUGGCACGUUUCGACCUGAACAAGACGCGUACGGAAUUGCUGAUCGCCAUUAUCGUGCCGUCCGGUCUGUUCGUUAUCAGCCUGACCACCUUGGUCAUCAUAACGCGAUCGGUUCAGGUCGGCGACGACGCGAAGAUGCGUUGCAGAUACUGUAUCGACAAGCAGGAGGUCGAAGGAGAGGACGAAGGACUGGUCGAGGCGACACCGUCUUCUUCGCAAGGACAGAUGAACGAGAACGAGAUCAAGAGUAUGGCACUUUAG